AUGGGAAAAAAGCGCAAGCGACCCAGCAAACCCGGUCCCACGACCUCGUCGCAGACCAGUAUCACCAUCUCCCCCGGCCGUUUCAAAGCACCCACUCCGCGCGAUGGCCCUACCCACCCCGUCAUCUCGCUGUACUACCGAGAGCUUCUCUCCCUCCGCCAGUACCUCUUGUGCCGACUACCCGGCUCCUCCAAGUUGCGCCGACGCCGCAUCGCCUCGCUGCGCCCGGAUCCCUCAGUCAGCACGGCAACGGGGGACUCUGGAUCGGUGUGUCCGGCGAGCCAGGACUUGGCAGACUUGCUCGAUUCCACUCUCGUCGGUGUCUUGCGGCAACACUCGCCGAAGAUCGCCUGCGAACGCCAGCAGGAUUAUCGCGCUUUCACCCAGUCCCAAUCGCGCUCCAUUCUCGUGAGCACAGACACGGGCCCGGCAGCGCCUCAAUCGGAGUUGAUUGACUAUGUCAUAGCCAGUAUCUUCAAGACGAGCAGUGCCUCUUACCGUGGACCCCAGCAUGUGCUGGCGCAUGGGUUCCAGUAUGCGGGGGAGCAUGCCAUCGACAGCGGGAUCCCCGGUGUGGCCAUCCAAUUCCCCAAUCGUAACGUCCAGGCAUUGAAGCAGGCGCCGUGGGCGGAUGUGCUGGGCCUCUUGGGUCAGAAUGGCGAUGAGAUUAUGAUUCAUCUGCUGCUCGACUGUGGUAUUUUUGUACCCUUGGACGCCGGAAAGGGCAUUUACUACCAAUUGAGCGGACUUCCACUCUCAAACCUGGAGAAGGUCCCCAAUGCGGGUGCACGACCUACUGGUCAACAACCGGUCUUCGCCUCGAGACCCCUGAAGCAAACCAAUUCAGCCUUCAAAAGUCGUCAGACCCGCCGUCCGAAUCAGAUCAUAUUCCUCCGUCGUCGCGUGCUUUAUUGCAGGCAUAAUGGUGGUGCGAAGCAGAAACUACCAUUUGGACUGGGAAGCAGUCAUGUUUUCAACCGCUUCUCGUCCGUUGAUUCGACGGCUGAAACAGUCCAUCUGAUGAAGUACAUUUUCCCCCGGCAGUUUGGCUUGGAAAACGUCUUCACGAUACCUGGCGACCGCAGGGACAAGAGCAACCAAUCCCAGAGUCACGAAUUUCGUGAAAAUGAAAUUUCGAGAGUAGAUGACCAACGAUGGCAGCGAAUGAUGCAGCCCAAGGCCAAUAGCUUAUCUGCAGUCACCAGAGACAAGGUUGGCACGAAACUACCCAAGCGACUUCGGGGUGCGAUCAUGACACUGGUUCAAAGAAUGCGGGUGCGACACAGUCGGUGUUCGUAUGGAGCGUUGCUCCAGCACUAUUGCCCUGAUGAAUCAAUCGGACCAUGGAAACUUGGUUCUUGUCACUCCCUCGCAAAAAAAAAAACGGAUGGCACUGGACCCUCUUCGUCAGAGGUUAACUUCGUUACACAAACGCCAUUGAAAUCGCCCGCGACGAGUCAACGUGUUGAAGACCAGCCUAAUGAUUUGGCAUUGCGUUCUGGCGAUACCAUUGGUGCUGACGUUGUUCGCACGAAACUAAAUCAUCAGCCAGUGCCGCAGCACAAGCCCUGCGUUACAGACUAUGCGACCCCUGCGGCUGCUGUCUCAGCCUUCUGUCGGGCCGUGCUGCACAAGCUACUGCCUCGUCAACUUUUUGGGGAAGGACCGGAGAGCGAAUCAAAUUGCAAAAUAGUGAUGAGACAUGUCGAUUGCUUUGUUAAGAUGCGACGAUAUGAAAAUCUCAGUCUCCACGCUGUUUGCAAAAGUUUGAAGCUAACCAGUAUCGGCUGGCUCGUACCUCCAAACCUGCAGCAACAGGCUUCGGAGACAAAACCCAAGCUGUCCUUAUCGGACUUUCAGAAACGUACCGAAUUGCUGCACGAGUUUAUCUACUAUAUUUUUGACUCGAUACUCAUUCCCCUGAUCCGGACUAACUUUUACGUCACCGAGUCUCAAACACACCGCAAUCGCCUUUUCUACUUCCGUCACGACGUAUGGCGAAGUCUGACAGAACGACCUUUGGCCGAUCUGAAAACAAAAAACUUUGAAAAAAUCGACAAGGAUGUUAACCAAGGAAAAAGCCAAUACCUUGGAUUUGGAUCCCUUCGUCUGCUCCCAAAAACCACGGGCGUGCGACCCAUUCUCAAUCUCGGCAAGCGUGUUCUCAAAGAGUCAACGCGGAAUGGGAAAAAACGGGCGUAUUUUGUCAGCAUCAACCGAACCAUCACACCCAUCUCGAACAUGUUAAUGUACGAGCGUCAGCGGAACCCCAAAAUAUUUGGCUCCUCUUUGAUCUCCAUGGGGGAUCUGCAUCCUCGCUUGAAGGCUUUCAAGGCACAGCUUCUUGCGGGACUUCGUUGCCCCCUAGGUAACCAGCCCAUUGCUUUACCGAAGCUCUACUUCGUGAAACUCGAUAUCCAGGCUUGUUUCGACAACAUCCCUCAAAAGCAGCUUUUGGAACUUGUCAAGAGACUUGUCACUGAGGAUCGUUAUCGAAUCACCAAGCAUGUCGAAGUCAAGCCCUCUGUACAUGGCGCGCAAGGAAAGCCAUUCCGGAAAUGGAUCGGACGAGCUGCUCCGUUGAAGGAGCAACAGCACUUACCCGAUUAUCUAGCAAAGGAGGCGCAAAUUCACAAAUCCAAUACCGUCUAUCUCGACGACACGGAACAGACGGUUCAGGAUUCCGACUGGCUACUUGGCCUUCUCAGCCAGCAUAUUGGGAAUAACCAAGUCAAGAUAGGAAAAGACUUCUACCGGCAGCGCAACGGCAUCCCACAGGGCUCUGUGCUGUCCAGUUUACUCUGCAACUUCUUUCUCGCCCAACUAGAGCACGACUGUCUCGGUUUCCUACGGCCCGAGAACUCGCUGCUCAUGCGAUUCGUCGAUGAUUUUCUCUUUAUCAGUACCGACGUUAAUGAAGCCAUGCAAUUCCUCCAAGUCAUGAUCCGAGGCCAGCCAUCCUACGGCGUGAAAGUCAACGCCUCAAAAAGCAUGGUCAACUUCACGGCCGCGGUCGAUGGCACCUUCAUCCCCCGACUCGAAGGAUCGCCGCGCUUCCCAUACCUCGGCUGCCUCAUCAACACGCAGACCCUCGAGAUCCACCAAGAUCAGGAUCGCGUCCUCGAUGGCGGCGAUCUCGCCGCGACAGCCCUCUCCAACUCUUUGACAGUCGAAACGACCAAUCUACCCGGUCACGCCUUCCGAAGGAAAGUCCUCGCCUCAUUCCGACAGCAAAUGCACCCCAUGUACAUCGACGACACCCACAACACCCGUCCCGUUAUCCUGGGCAACCUCUACACCCGCUUCGUGACCGUCGGCAUGAAGAUGUACCGCUACAUGAAAUCGCUCGGGGGCCGAGCCCAUCCCAAACCACCCAUCAUCAUCCAAACAAUCCACACCCUGAUGCUCCGUGCAUUCGCCGUCAUCCAAGAACGACGCACCGGGUCAGUGCCGUUAUCGUGCUUCGUCAAAUUCCACCAUAUUCAGUUCCUCGCAGCGGCGGCCUUCCGGUUCGUGCUGAAGCGUAAACAAACACGAUAUGCGGCUGUCCUUCAAUGGCUCGAUUCACAAUUAAAAGACUCGCGGCCGAAGACCAACAGCGCAGCAUCGCAGCUGACACAGGUGGCGAAGAGAGGGAAUGCACUCUUCGAAGAGUGGCGUUUCUAG